AGGAGGUAAACCUGAGUCGUGCGCUGUUUGAACUGUUCAAGCACAAACUUAGCAUUUUGAUAAGAUAAGUCGUGCAGGGCUGGCUGUUCGAGCGCUUUAAGCUUGUAAAACAUGUUUCCUUCUGACUUUGCUUGGGGAGCAUCAACUUCCGCGUAUCAAAUAGAAGGUGGAUGGCAGGCAGAUGGAAAAGGACCGAGCAUCUGGGACACAUUUAGUCAUGAGAAAGGAAGAGUGUUUGAGGAUCAGAAUGGAGAUGUGGCCUGUAACAGCUACGAGUUGUGGGAGAAGGACCUGGAGUGUAUCCAACAACUUGGACUGACCCACUACCGCCUGUCUUUCUCCUGGGCCCGCCUCUUACCUGAUGGAACCACACGGAACRUCAAUCAAAAAGGUGUGCAAUACUAUAACCGAGUGAUUGAUGACCUGCUGGCCUGUAAUGUGUCACCAAUGGUCACUUUGUACCACUUUGACUUACCUCAAGCUCUGGAUGACCUGGGAGGCUGGAAGUCACCUGAGAUGGCAACACUUUUUGACCAAUACGCCACAUUUUGUUUCAAGACGUUUGGGGAUCGGGUCAAACUCUGGAUCACAAUCAACGAGCCGCUCGUAUGUGCCAAAGAAGGCUACGAAGACGGUAUCCAUGCUCCGGGGUUGGAAGAAAAAGGCAUAGCUGCCUACGUGGUGGGGCACAACAUGCUGCGAGCUCACGCCAUGGCGUGGCACAGCUACGACUCGGAGUACAGAGCCAUGCAGAAGGGUGCGGUGUCUUUGGCCCUCAACAGCGACUGGUUUGAGCCUUUAAAUCCCGACUGUACUGAGGACGUCGCUGCUACGGAACGGGAUCUUGCGUUCUCGCUGGGGUGGUUCGCCUGGCCCGUGUUCGUCACUGGAGAUUACCCAGAAAUGAUGAGGCGCGCCAUUGAAAGUCGAAGCAAGGAGGUGGGAUACAUUGGUCCCCCGAGACUUCCCACAUUCUCAAACGAUGAUCCGACCAUUCUGGGAACAGCCGACUUCUUCGCACUGAACUACUACACGUCCCGAAAAGUCAAAGCGGGGGAAGAAGGCGAGAAAAUGUUGAGUAUGAUGAGUGACAAAGAUGCAAAGGAGAUUAUAGAUCCAUCCUGGCCCAUUUGUGGUGUGUCCUGGCUGGCUGUAGUGCCCUAUGGCUUAAGGAAACUAUUGAAAUAUAUAAAGGACACCUUCAAYGACCCAACGGUCUACAUUACAGAGAAUGGCUUCUCUCAGAUGGGGCCUGUGCAGAUGGAGGAUGUUCAGCGUUGUGAGUUUUUCAGCAGCACCAUCUUGGAAGUGGCUAAAGCUGUACAAGAAGAUGGCGUCAAGGUGCGUGGAUAUUUCAUGUGGUCACUGAUUGACAACUUUGAGUGGGCUGAUGGAUUCAGCGUUCGCUUCGGCCUGUUCCACGUGGACUUCUCUGAUGCCAAGCUGACUCGGACCAUACACCGGUCUGGGCAAGAAUACGCCAAGUUCAUCUCGAAACACCAAAAGUCUGGUGGUCAAACCCAACGAGACGAGCCGCCUGAGUGGAAGGCAGAAUGUGACGGUAAUGGGAGAAGUUAAGUUGAAGCGUAGUGUUGGUAAUAAAAAGCCAAACACUGAUCUGUAAAUUCUCAGAGAAUAAAAAAUAAAUAAAUGAAACCA